AUGACUGACCUAGGCACCCUGAACUAUUUUCUAGGUAUUGCUGUUACUAGAGACAAACAUGGUAUGUUCUUAUCACAGCAGAAGUAUGUCACCAAGAUCCUUGAGCGGGCUAAGAUGCUCAAUUGCAAACCAGCUUGCACUCCCGCUGACACAUCAGCUAAAUUUGAUGGCACAGGUCCUCCUGAUCCGACUCUCUACAGGAGCCUUGCAGGAGCUCUUCAGUACCUCACAUUCACGAGACCUGACAUCACUUAUGCAGUUCAACAGGUUUGUCUUUACAUGCAUGAUCCUCGAGAGCCUCACUUCUCCGCUCUCAAGCACAUUUUGAGAUAUAUUCGAGGUACUCUUGAUCACAGUUUACAACUGUAUGUAUCUCCGUCUCGUGGUCUUAUUGCUUUUUCUGAUGCCGAUUGGGCUGGUUUCCCCACCACACGUCGCUCCACUUCCGGCUACUGUGUUUUUAUGGGUCAAAACCUCCUCUCUUGGUCGUCCAAGAGACAAGGUACCAUUUCGAGAUCCAGUGCUGAAGCUGAGUAUCGGGGAGUUGCAAAUGCUGUUGCUGAGAGAUGUUGGUUGCAUAACUUGCUUCGCGAGCUUCACUACCCACCUCCUUCUGCUACACUUGUGUAUUGUGAUAACGUCAGUGCCGUUUAUUUGUCCACCAAUCCGGUUCAGCAUCAACACACAAAACAUAUAGAGAUAGAUAUUCACUUUGUGCGAGAUAAAGUCGCUAUGGGUCAGAUUCGAGUUCUUCAUGUCCCGUCUUCGUCUCAAUAUGCUGAUAUCUUCACCAAAGGACUUCCUUCCACAUUGUUCCUUGACUUUAGAUCCAGUCUGAACGUCCGUUCAAGACCUUCCGUUCUGACUACGGGGGGAUGUUAG